GGGCGCGAGCCGUACGGUGGGAGUUGUAAAUCACGUGUAAUGGACAGUCCGUGGGAAUGAAUGAUCCAACUUUCCUUUUUUCUGGUAGAUAAAGUAGAACAACUCUCGUUUACUCCUCCCCAAUCACUCUCACUCUAGAUUUCCUUGUCUAUGAAGAUUAUCACUGUGAAACGAAGCAAAUCAUCGAUGUUUAUGACUCCUGAAUCACUGGCUCAAAUGGGUCGCAAGAAGAAGAGCAAGUGGCCUUUCAUGUUCAAAGAAUUCGAUCAAAAGUCGAACCUCCCAGUACAUUGGAUUUCGUUGUAGUUUUGUUGGUAGAAUUGGUAGUUAAGUUCUUUUUGGUUUAGGGGAUUUUAGGAGAAUUAUGUAAGCAGGGGAGAUUCAUUAAUCGGAUGUUCUGUUGGGACGGUCUUAGUUAAAUUUGGCUGAUUUUCGAGUGUGAGAACUAUUCUGUAGGACUGCUUAUGGUUUUGGAAAUUUUGUUAAAUCUACUAAUUUGGAUUGUUAAAUGGAGUUUCUGGGGAAGAAGAGGAAGGGAACUGAUGUUAUACCGACAAGUCGAAAUAACCUAAAAUCGUUGACGUUCAUUUUGUCCCACUUGUCGUUGGAAGAUUACUCAAGGCAGAGAAAGAAAUACAAGGAAGAAAUUGCUAUAGAAGCUGUUGCUUCUUGUAAGAGUGUAGUCAAUGGAGCUGUCACUGCCCCUCCAUUUGUAGGUAUAUGUUCUGAUCCACCAUCAAGGGGUCUCAAGAGGAAAAUUGGGUGUAUUGAUGCAGCAACUCGACUAGGUAGGAAGAAGAAGAUCGAACAAGAGUAUGAUUUGGGUGCAAUGAUUGGGAAAGGGAAAUUUGGGUUGGUAGUUUUGUGUCGGAGUAAAGCAAGUGGACAACAGUUUGCGUGCAAGACGUUGCGCAAGGGGGAUGAGAUUGUGCAUCGGGAGGUGGAAAUUAUGCAGCACCUUUCUGGGCAUCCGGGCGUUGUUACACUGAAAGCAGUGUAUGAGGACACUGAGUCAUUCCAUCUUGUGAUGGAGCUUUGUUCUGGUGGAAGGUUGCUGGACCAGAUGACUAGGGGAAAGCGGUAUUCCGAGCAAGGAGCUGCUAAAUUACUCAAGGAAUUGAUGUUGGUUAUUAAAUAUUGCCAUGACAUGGGUGUUGUUCACAGGGACAUAAAGCCAGAGAAUAUCCUCCUUACAAGUUGUGGGCAAAUGAAGCUUGCAGACUUUGGUUUAGCUGUGAGAAUUUCAAAUGGUCAAAGCCUGACAGGUGUGGUUGGAAGUCCUGCCUAUGUUGCCCCAGAAGUUUUGAGCGGUGAGUAUUCAGAGAAAGUGGAUAUCUGGGGUGCUGGUGUCCUACUACAUGCACUGUUGGUUGGUGAGCUCCCAUUUCAAGGUGAUUCUGUAGAAUCCGUGUUUGAGGCUGUCAACAAGGUGAAACUUGAUUUUUGCAGUGGAGUAUGGGAAUCAGUACCCCAAGCUGCUUGUGAUCUAAUUGCUCAUAUGCUUACAAGGGAUGUUUCAGCGAGGUUCAAUGCUGACGAAGUACUAAAUCAUCCGUGGAUUUUGGCCCAUACAGAAUCCACAUUGAAGACACUGGCUUCCAAGCCAAAAAUGGAUAACCAUGUAAGAUUGACUUCACGAAAACUGACUGCCAGACAUGCAGUGGAGUCGGAGAGAAACAAGGUAGUAACCAGCAGCUCUCUCAGUGAUGACUCUAUGUUAGCUUUCUCAUCCAAUAACUCGACUAAGAAGACAGAAGAUGACAACUAUGGUUUUGUUGAUGCCCUCGCUAUGGAGAUUUCGCGUAUGAGGAUAUCUGAGCCAAAGAGAAGCAGGUUAUGUGUCCCUGCCAGCCCAAUCCAACAGGAGUGUCCCUCUAACAUAAAGGUUAACAACCUCUGUACAGCAUUUUGACUCUGCUGAAGAUGACUUACCUCCGGAGGAGCUUAACUUGACACUUGAUAGCGAAGGGGAAGAAGCCAUGGUUAGCUACUUUUCGACAACAAAGUAAUCACUCGAGAGUCUUUAAUUUCGUGUAUAAAUUGAGGGUAUUAUUAACUAGCACGUUAAGUGCUCAUGUGAUGUAAGUUUAUGCCUGACCUAACAAAUUAUGUAUGCGGGUUUGUAAAUCUGUGUGUAAAUAAAAGAUUCUGAUGCUUGGUGUGUCGGUUAGCCGUGGAAAUUUCAUUGUGCAAUGAACAAAUCGUUUUAAGUUGGCC